GCAGCCACAAGUUGGACGUCGAUCGCCGACUGUGGUACACACACGCAUAUCACACGUUUACGAUUUAAUAUUAUUAAAACCGCCACAAUGACCAAUGAUCGAUGAUAUAAUAUAAUAUUAUGUUUUUUAAUCUUGUUCAUUCCAUACUAUAAGUUCUCGGGUAUACUAAAAAAGGUGACUAUCAUAUUAUACCAGCUCAAUAUUAUACAAUAUCGUAGUAUAUAUUUCGAGAUGACGUCUUAAACGAGGAAUACAGUAAUAUAUUAAUAUUUAAUAUCGUUGUACACCGGYCACAAAUAUUUUAUAGUUAUAUCACUAUCAUAUAUAUACCUAUAUAUAAUUAUAUAUAUUAUAUGAGAGUGACAUUUUCGUGACGACUCGGACUGAUUCAAUUCGUGAUUUAAGAAUAUAAUAUUGUUGUACACACACUAUACAGCAUUUGAUUGAUGACAAUUAUUUCAAACCAUGUCAUAAACCGAUUGACUUUACGAGAUUAACGCUGCACCAUGAACCCGGCAAAUCGUCGUGAUUUCGGACGAAAGAUAUUCAGCCGACAUGUUUGAGUCCAGAUUUCAAGUGUACUUUGCUGUUAAACAUAUUCGAUUUAACUCAUAGCUGCGUUUGACCACUAUCCCAUACAACCCCGAAAACGCAAUGACCUACGACACAAGCGGGGUAAGACGCGAGAAGUCGUCGCCGUCGUCAGAAAAUCACGAAUCAUGGCAGGCCAUGAGCAUCAUGUCAAAAGCCAAGUUCAUGCUGAAACACUGUACGGUGGAGCCAAUGUUGGGAUGUUAUAUAGUGUCCAGCGUGCUGGCGUCACUCGCCACGCAGAAUCUGAACUUGCAGAAGGCGUGCCGGGUGAACCUUCAUCUGGACAACUCCACGUGCUCAGCGCUGGAGAGUCGGACGACGGACAACUACACGACGGAGGAUGAGGUGGUAGUUCAAGAGCUGGUGGCUGACAUGAUAAUAUGGAAGACGAUUGUGCAGAGCAGCAUACCGUCGGUGCUGAUAAUAUUCAUCGGGUCGUGGAGCGACCGGAACCACAAGCGUAAGCCGUGCAUGCUGAUACCAAUCAUAGGCGAAUUCCUCACCAGCAUCGGCCUGUUGAUUUGUACUUACUACUUUUACGAUCUCCCUAUGGAGGUGGCUGGGCUCGUGGAGUCCGUACCACCGGCUAUAACUGGUGGAUGGAUGACCAUGUUUAUGGCCGUGUUCAGCUAUGUAGGAGACGUGACUACGGUGAAAAUGCGCACUUUGAGAAUUGGUAUAGUGAACGUUUUCUGUUCUGUAGGUGUGCCCAUCGGUACCGCGUUAUCGGGUGUACUGUUCAGAGAACUCGGAUUUUAUGGCGUUUACAUCAUAGCCACAGUACUAUACAUAUUUGGUUUUGUAUACGGCAUGAUUUUCAUCAAAGAGACAACACCAGAGAUUAGUAUUGAGAGCAAAGCCCCGCCGAGGAACACGUCCUGUGUGGAUUUCCUCAAGGACUUUUUCAGCCUAAGCCAUAUAAAAGAAGCCGUUCGAGUGACAUUUAAGGAAGGACAAUACAACCGAAGACUAAGAAUUAUUGCUUUGAUGUUUAUCGUCAUUACCGUAAUGGGUCCUAUGCACGGUGAAAUGUCYGUGAUGUAUCUGUUUACACGCGUAAGAUUCAAUUGGGACGAAGUGAACUACAGUAUGUUUUCCACUUAUUCGAUGAUCACUAAUCUUGUAGGUACAAUUUUUUCGGUCGGGGUGUUCAGUCACAUGCUGCAAAUCGAUGACGCUUUAAUCGGAGUAAUAUCAUGUAUAAGCAAAAUAUUGGCCGGAUUCGUAUACGCGUUCGCUACAACGGAUUUUGUAUUUUAUUUGGCACCACUUGUUGAUAUUGUAAACGGCACGUCAUUUAUCGCGAUGAGAUCGAUUAUUUCCAAACUCGUACCGGCAGAUGAACUAGGCAAGGUAAAUUCACUCUUUGGCGUAUGUGAAGCUCUGGUUCCCCUAAUUUAUGGACCAAUGUACAGCGCUGUGUACAAGGCCACACUGAAGACGGUUCCUGGAGCGUUUUUCUUACUCGGUGGCGCAUUAACUGUUCCUGCAGCUCUCAUAUUUCUAUGGAUGUAUAAUGAACAUAAAAAGGAAGAAAGAGAAAAAGAAGCAGAGAUCAGAGAUGAAGAAAAGAAAUCUGAAGCGUUGAAGAAAAAAAAUAGUUUGGACUUUAGGAUAUCCUCGCAUGACUUUGAUUUGAAAACUAUAUUAGAUAGGCGGACACAGACUCACAGAAGUUCGGGACAAUUUUCAAGUUUGGGAUUCGACAACAUAGCAUUCCAGAUGGAAGAGGGAGCUACCAAUGGAAAAUAAUUCUAACGAUCAACAAUGUAUAAUUCAAUGAUUGAGUAUUUUUUAUUUCUUAUGUUAAAUCACAACUUCGUUCAUUCGCAUCGUGUGUAACAUGUGUACAUAAGUUAAGACGUCCGUAAACAUUAACUGUACAAUAACUCUUUUUCAAAAUCAAUAACUUGAUGUUCAUUUUUAAUUUAUGUCUGUAAAUUAGUAUCKUCAUGGUUGCGAUUAAAUAUUUUCGUAUACGGUUACCGUUUUUCGGUGAAUAGGAAAUUCAAAGUUACCUUGUGGAACAAUUUUUCUUGAAAAUUUGACUAUCGUUUUUCUAAGAGUGAAGUAUUGUAUUACACGUGUAGCCAUAGCUAAUAGCCACCUGCAGGCAUCUAAUUGACGACUUCAGUGUCCCAUUCCAAAACAAAAAUAUUGUAUAGUUUAUAUGUAUACAUAUAAAUUUAAUAGUUAUUUAGUGAGGCGAGUUAUAUAAUA